UCACACUCAUUUCUUCAGGUCUCUUUCUCCCUCAUGGGUCCUGAACGGAACCAGCCCCUGCUCCCCAACGCCUGCUUUUGUGCAAUAUGCCCAUCUUUGGCAACCUGCCACCACCUUCCUUCUAACUUUCCGGCUCUAGGCACAAUAUUCACAUCUGGGGAGCCGCUCCCUGACGUCUACCAACAAUACCUCCCUCUCAAUUCGCCGUCACGUUGAUUCAAUAUCAGCUAACUCCUCAGCGUGAUAACACUCCUCCGUCACCCACCCUUUCCCAGUCUACUACGGCCUCCUCCACUCCGGUGCCCGAGGAAGUGCCCAAGAAAGUGCGCAUCCGAGUCACCAAGGACAACGCAGUGUUUGGCGAUGUCGAGGGAGCAAUGCGUGGAUCUCGUGCCUUCAGUUUCCCUCGCGCCAGGGAACUUCGAGCGCCACAAGAAGAGCAGAAGAAAUCUUCUCAACGUUUCUUGCGCGAGAUUCAAGACAUCAUCGAUAGGUGUGAACGCCUUUCCCUCGAAACUGGGUGCUGGCUUCAAUUAAGUGCCCAACACCUCUUUGCCAGCGGCGGCUUCCUUCACUACACGUCCCCUCGUUUGCGCAAGGAAGCUAAGCCCGAAGUGGAGAAGAUCACGACCGACUUGAAUCGGCUUUACCUCAAACUCAUUGCGGCGCGGCACCAAGACACAAGGGCCAUGCAGGAGAAACUUCAACAAGCUGAGCAGAGUCAGAAGCUUGCUGAAAGCUCGCUUGCCACUGUUCAGCAAGCUGAGGCAGAAGCUUGCAAUCGCGCUCAAUUGGCUGAGUUGCGGCUGGAGGCUCAACGAAAGGAGCUUGACAUUCUGCGCAAGCAGAUGGAGCGUAAUCGAAAAUAG